AUGGCCUCCGUGGAAUGUACAAACUGUGUUUCGGCUUUGCCGCCGGUGAUACUUUUCCCGGCAACUAGGCCGGCUACGAGCCGGCCGGGGACGAUGGGUCCCCCCGAUGCUGCAGUGCGCGCGGUCACAGAGAAGACGAUCCGAAUCCACGGGCCAGGUCAAGGGCGGGGAGUUUAUCCAGACCAUGAUCUGGAGGACGUGCUGGGCUGGCUGCGACAACAGAUUUUCUUCGGAGAUCAGGUCGACCGAUUUUGGGCCGAUUUCAACUCGCCACAACAGUGGCAAGAUGUCGAUCUCGGCUUGCAUUCAGGGGAAACUACCAGGCUGUGGGCGCAGACUAUGCUCAUCGAGUAUCGCGCGGAUAUGGGUGUCGGACUACCGACCUUUAUCCCCGCGGUGCCCACGAACACGCCUACCGCUUCAUCAACGUGGCUCACUACCUCCUCUCCGUCACUGGUUGCUCCUAGCCACCCGAGCUCGAGCGAAUCAACCUUGUUCAGCCUCCCACUGCCAGCACUAUCCCUAUCGCAGCCCGCCGCUGCGCCACACUCGAACCCUACUGGAACUAUGUUCCCCCUCACACACGCCGAGGCAGGCGUCCUGCCGAUCUGUUGUUCAGUGGAUACGUCCACUGUCCCCAGCCAGGGAUCCCGAUCCCGCUGGAGCUGGGGUCGCAUACUGGGACGCUCCCAGUCUAUGGAAGAUCUGAACGAAUACGCCAGGAGAAACAACAAGCGUCUUGAAGACGUGGAUGAUAGCGGCGGCGGGAAUGAUUUGCUUUGA